ACGCGAGAAGACAUCAUGGCGGGAUUCAUGAAAUACAAAAGUGUCUCAACAAUCGAAACUGUCAGAUUGAAACUUAUCCUGACUGCUGUGUUAUUUUUACUUCAUGUUUCUCAAACGUCAGGUGCCAGCCGUCCCAUCAUAGAAAUUAAAGAUGGACAAGAAAUCAAAGUACAAGCUGCGCAACAUUUUUGCUACAAUAACACCAUCAUACCAGGAUGGAGGGAAACAUGGACUAGAAUACAGGUGAGAGUGUGGAGCACUACAAAGCUGAAAGUGACAGUGGUCAAUGAUGAGCAAGACCUAAAGGAGCUCGAGCACUUCAGCAUCUGGAAACUCGUGCAGUAUUUCGUUCGGGAACAGACCAAUGAGACCACCAUAAGUGUCAGUCUAUUUAACAACAAGACCUGCUUCAGAGUGGACCCUUCAGACAGCCGUACUCUCUAUACAGUACAACCCAGCCGACAUUUUGACAUCUACCUGUUUUUGGUUUUUCUGGCUGGAGUGUUGCUGUUCUUUUACGCAGAUGUUCUCAGCAGAAGUCAAGUGUUCCACUACUCCGCUGGCAUGAGCACUGGUAUGAUUGCCUCCCUCCUCAUCCUCAUCUUUAUCGUUUACAGAUUUUUACCCAAGAAAAGCCCAUUCUAUAUGCUGGUGGUUGGUGGCUGGUCGUUUUCGCUCUACAUCAUCCAGCUGGUGUUUAGGAAUCUCCAAGUUAUUCUUACAGAUCACUGGCAUCUGGCUAUCGGUUAUGUCCUUGUGGUCGGGUUCAUCAGUUUUGCAGUGUGUUAUCGAUAUGGCCCUCUGGUGGAGGAACGAAGUAUCAACAUCCUGUCCUGGGCGCUGCAAAUUUUCGGCCUUCUGCUAGUCUAUGCUGGAAUUCAGGUCCAACAAGUGGCUUUUGCCAUCAUGAUAGCUGCUUUCUGCUCUAAAAACCUGGAGUACCCUUUUAACACAGCAUUCAUGCUUUAUCACAAGUUGAAGCCAAAGAAACUGGAGCCACGGCGUCUGCUGACAGAAGAAGAGUUUCAGAGACAGUCAGAGGUGGAGACGCAGAAAGCUCUGGAGGAACUUAGGAAAUACUGCGGUAGUCCUGAUUUUAACACCUGGAAGACAGUCUCUAGGCUUCAGUCGCCUAAGAGGUUUGCAGAUUUCAUUGAGGGUUCUCCACAUCUGCUGUCCAACGAGGUGUCAGUUCACAUGCAGGAGUACGGCCUGGGAGGAUCCUUCUUUGAGGACGAGCUCUUCUCCACUGAUGAGGAAGAUAAGGAGGAGGAGGAGGACGGCUGGGAAACAGAAGAUGAUAUCAAGCCAGAGGUGACAUCUCCACGAAUGAACAACACACGGGGGAAAUAACUGGAGAACAGUGUUGGAAAAUAUUUAAUUAAGCAGAUCUGAGAUCUGAUCAAGCGUAGCAUUUACUGUUCAUUGAUCCAUUCCAAAUGGAUGGUUUAAAAUGAAAAUACCCGGGACAUUUAGUUUUUCAUGACUUAUUAUUAUUUUAUUUCUCUUAAAUGUUUUUUAUUAUUUGACUUGCUGUGUGUGGAGGGAACUGUGAAGGCUGCGUCAUUACAUGGACUGUAUUUUAGGUUAUGUUUUGUUUUUAAGUUCAUAUUAAGGCCCAGGCACAUGUGUAUACCAGUAAAAACAAAAACUGUUGAACAGAAGAGGCACAUACGUUACACAGCUGUUUGUGGUUAUUUACUGGAGUCGUAAGUUUGGUCAAAGGAUUAUUUUCUUAUGAAUAAUAAAAGUGGAAAUUUA